UGUCCCGUGCUCUGUUCCCGCUGCUGCUGCACCUCAGACAAAUGGCUCGCCUCACUUUCGCCCUCGUCCUGGUGCUUCUGACCAUCUCUUCACGGUGCGGAUCCUCCGGAGCCAUGGCCAUGCCCGAUGAGGAGCGGUAUGUGCGCAAGGAGUAUAGCCGCGACCUACUGGACUGGUUCAACAAUAUGGGACAGUUUACGCCCGGCCAGCUGGCUACCAUUUGUCGGUAUCCACUGAUCCUGGAGAACUCCUUGGGCGAACCGAUACCCAUCAGAAAGCGGAACUCGGAGCUCAUCAAUUCGCUGCUGAGUCUGCCCAAGAACAUGAACGAUGCUGGCAAGUAGGAGGAUACGGUGACUAAAGUGAAAUGGAGGUAGCUUUGGACCCCUGGAACUCGGAUUAUUAUUAUUAUUAUUUAUUGUUACUCGUUUUGUUGGUGCGUUGAGGAACGAGAGUGCGAAUGAGAAAUCCACAGGAAUGAGCAGUUGGUAUAGCCAUGUAAUUGAGAGC